AUGAUCAUGAGCUCUUAUUUGAUGGACUCUAACUACAUCGAUCCGAAGUUCCCUCCAUGCGAGGAAUAUUCGCAGAGUAAUUACAUCCCCGAGCCCGGCGCGGAGUUCUACGCGCGGAGGGAGCCGGGCGCGUUCCCCCCGCACCACGCGGAGAUUUUCGGGGGCGCCCGCGGGGCUUUCCCCGAGCGCCCCUUCGGCUGCGGGGGGCUCCGGGCAGGUGGUGGAGGAGGAGGAGGAGGAGGAGGAGGAGGAGGAGGAGGAGGAGGAGGAGGAGGAGGGAGGCAGCACCUGGCGGAGAAGCCGCAGCUCUGCGGAGCCCCCGGGGCUCGUGCGCGGAGCCCGAGGGCAGGCGCGGGGAAGGCGCCCGUGGUUUAUCCCUGGAUGAAGAAAAUCCACGUCAGCACCGUGAACCCCAAUUUCUCGGGCGCGGAGCCCAAGCGCUCCCGCACGGCCUACACGCGGCAGCAGGUGCUGGAGCUGGAGAAGGAGUUCCACUACAACCGCUACCUGACCCGGCGGCGCCGCAUCGAGAUCGCGCACGCCCUGAGCCUCAGCGAGCGCCAGAUCAAGAUCUGGUUCCAGAACCGGCGCAUGAAGUGGAAGAAGGAUCACCGGCUGCCCAACACCAAAACCCGAACCGCGGCGCCCGCCCCGGAGCCGCCGCCGCCGCCGCCGGAGCCGCCGGCCGACAUCACCCGCCUGUAA